AUGGCUGGGCGUACGCCCAGCCAUCCCUUCCCCAUCCUGUCCCCAACCACCACGCAAACAGGAAGAGCGUCGCAAACAGGAGAAAAUGAAAAAGACCAGAAGAAGUACGACUUAUUGGAAGAGCGUCUUCGUGCUAUCGAAGGAGUUGAUAGGUUUAGUACCAUGGACGCAACUGAGCUAUGCUUAGGGCCGGAUGUAUUGAUCCCUGCCAAGUUCAAGGUUCCGGAAUUUAAAAAAUAUGACGGAACAAAAUGUCCCAUGGCACAUAUUACCAUGUAUUGUCGGAAGAUGGCUGCACAGUCUCACGAUGAUAAGUUACUGAUCCAUUUUUUCCAAGACCGCUUGACUGGGUCAGCUGCUCGGUGGUACGUACAGCUAGAUCGAAACCGUAUUAAGACUUGGAAAGACUUAGCAAGAGCCUUCAUAGCUCAAUACAAGCAUGUGGCUGAAUUAGCCCCUGAUCGGUUGUCAUUGCAGACUAUGGAAAAGAAGCAAAGCGAGAACUUCAAGGAAUAUGCCCAAAGGUGGAGAGAUACAGCAGCGCAAGUUCAGCCACCUCUCACUGAUAAGGAGAUGACUGUUUUGUUCAUAAAUACCCUCCGAGCUCCAUUCUAUGAGCGCUUGAUCGGCAAUGCCACGAAAAACUUUGCAGAUUUGGUCUUAUCGGGAGAAAUAAUAGAAGGAGCUAUCAAAAGUGGAAAAAUUGAAGGGCAUGAAGUUGCCAGCUUAAAGAAAGGGAGUACGCCCAAGAAGAAAGAAGGGGAUGUGCAAGCAGUCGCUCAUGAUAGCCAACAAGCCCACAACUUUAACCCAUAUUACCCGUACCCCCCAUACCAACCCUUCUAUCCAAACAUAGGCAACAUCACACAAAACCCAUAUGUGUACCAACCUGUCCCGCAACCAACAUUUCAAACCAAUGUUCUUCCACAAACUCCACCACCAAGACCGGUAGCUUCAACCAAUAAUCCUGGCCAUGGUCAAAGAGGACCUAAAACUACCCUAGAAAGAUCAAACUUUGGUCCUAUUCCAGUCCCUUACACUACAUUGUUGCCACAACUCAUAGAAAAUCGACUCCUUGCUCGAACCCCUUUAGAACCACUCCGACCACCUUUCCCGAAAUGGUAUGAUCCGAAUGCACAUUGUGAUUACCAUUUUGGAAUUCAAGGGCACUCCACCGAGAAUUGCACUACUUUAAAACAUAAAGUUCAAGCGCUCAUUAAGGCAGGGCUUUUAAAUUUUGCCAAAAAAGACAGUUCGAGUGUUGAUGGGAACCCGUUACCUAAUCAUGGAAGACCGACUGUGAAUGCCAUACAUGAAGGGAUGAUUCGAAGAGUGAAAAAGGGUAUUGAUGAGAUUCAAACGCCAAUGGAUAAAGUGUUUAAGGCGUUGUCUAAGAUAAAUGCCAUCACUCCAGAACCCAUCGGCACAAAGAAAUUGGGGCAUGAUCUCGCUUAUUCUUGCAAAUUUCAUAUGGGGGCAAUUGGGCAUUCUAUUCAAAAUUGUGAUAGCUUUCGUCGUAAGUUGCAAGAAUUGAUGGAUUCAUCGGUAAUUGAGUUUUAUGAAGAAGCUGAAGAGAAUUUGGUCGGAACCAUAAAUGGAGACACCCCAGCUGAAGUGGCAUCAAGUUCAUUCGGGGGGAACAAACCUAAACCACUCACUAUCUUCUACGAAGAAAACAGAAGCCCGAUGAAUGAUACAUCCCCAACUAUGAUCAGAAGUGGUAUUACCAUCGAAGUCCCUAGUCCAUUCCCUUACAAGAGCGAUAAGGCUGUCCCAUGGAAUUAUGAGUGUAAUAUUUUGGGCACAGCUUCAUCCGCCCCUCAAGCAUCUUCUGAAGAUCUAACUGGUGUGGGGGGUAUAACGCGAAGUGGGCGAUGUUAUUCCCCUGAGAUAGCGGAAAGAGUUGGAAAGGGAAAACCAGCAUAG